CUUCUCAAACCUUCCUCUGCCAAGACUGACAUUGAAUUAUCCCAACUAGAACAAAUCUGCACAGUCUGAAGCAAAAGCUCUUGCAAAAGGAGAAAUUGAGACACUCAUUUGAUUUUGCUCAGUUUUUAUAAAUCUGAUAGGUUAAGCUAUAGAGAGAGAGAGACAAACAUUGAUUCUAACAUCAUGCGACGUGUUCCUGCUCUUAUAGACAAGCUCAAACCGAUCUUCCCGGUCUCAGGAUCAAAAGGUAAAGUGGUAAGAACUGUUGUACCCAAGAAACCUGUGAACGGGAACAAUAGCGAAAGCGAAACCAUGAAGGAGAUCGAGGAAACGGUAGAGCCUAUGGUUGCCUUUAGUAGACCACCGCCUUAUACACCAUUUGUUGGUCCACUGCUCAUGUAUUCCCUUCUUCAAUCAUGGUCUAGCCACGAUGAAGAUGGCUAGUUGCAUGCAUCUUCCAAAGUUUUCUUUCUUUAUAAGAAUCUCUUAUUAUAAAUCGUCUCUGAUAAAUAAUUACCGAGUCUUUAAUUAGCGUAAUAAACCCUGGUAAGAUGUUUAGUAGACAUUGUGCAGUUUGGUGCUGUUCUUUAGUCCAUCACUUGGUUUGGUAUUUUCGAAGCAUCAUGUGUGCUUUGUGAAUUAUAUAGGUGAUCAAAUGAUGGAUUUUGUACUAAUGUAUAGUUUAUAACUGAUAUGGUUCCAUUCACUAGUGAUUUUGUCCACCAAUUUUAUAUA